AUGGAACCUUCAACUUUUGAGAAAAUGAAAAUGGGCGCUGCCAUGGGCGGUACUGUCGGCCUAUGUAUUGGCUUUGUUUUUGGUAGUAUUAGUCUCAUGAGAUUUGGUUCAGGCAACAAAAGCCCUAUCAGUAUGUUGAGUCAGUACAUGAUUGGAUCUGCUGCUUCGUUUGGAUUCUUUAUGUCUAUAGGUUCUGUUGUUCGUUCAGAAAAUCGACUUGCAACAACUCCAAAUAUGCACUUGCCUGUUGUCAUCAAUCAACGCCCCAUGUUGAAUAACAAGAUUAAAUACACCAAAGAAUAG